CUGACAUGCUAGAGGUAACCCACAUGUCAUCCGUGUUCAUACUUCACCUUCAUCCACUCAUUUCACACAGGAAGCAGAAAUGGCCACAGCCACUCUCUGCUUCUGUUCUGCGAAAAAUCCAAUCAAACCCUCCAAAUUCCGGCCUUCAAAGUCCUCUCUCUCCUCCUAUAAUAAACCCAAUUCCUCUGCAAUCACAACUAGUCUUUCUCGCACAAUUUCCCUCUUUCCUUCUUCGACUCGUUUCGGCCUCGCGAAGAGACUCAAUCCCUUCCUCUGCAAAAGCACUUCCACCGUCUCCACUAGCACCACUAAUUACGAGUUUUUGGAUGGUCCCACUGAAUUGGAGUUGAGGCUAGAACUCGGUAAAUAUGCCAUUAAUAGUACAAGAGACAUAUUUGUGGAUGCGGAUGAGAGCUCUUUAACAGUCAGAGUACAGCACUCCGGGUCACUUUGGACUCUGAUGGAAGCUACUUGUCUUUAUGACAAGAUAAAGCCUGCUGAAACAAUAUGGUACUUAGAUGAUGAUCAACUGGUUGUUAAUUUGAAGAAACAUGACCCAGAGUUACAUUGGCCUGACAUUAUCGAGUCCUGGGAAUCCCUUUCAGUAGGAGUUAUGCAGCUCUUGAAAGGGAUAUCGAUUUACUUAGUUGGGGAUUCAUCUGAAAUCAACGAAAAAAUCGCUCAAGAACUAGCUGUUGGUCUUGGGUAUACUCCAUUUACUACAAAAGAGCUGUUGGAAACGUAUGGCCAGAAAACAAUUAACUCAUGGGUGAUUGCAGAGGGUUCUGACUCCGUUGUAGACGCAGAAAGUGUUGUAUUAGAAAGCCUUAGUAGUAAUCUGCGUGUUGUCGUUGCAACUUUAGGAGGACAGCUUGGUGCUGCUGGAAGAGCUGAUAAAUGGCAGCAUCUUUAUGCCGGAUUUACGGUCUGGCUUUCUCAGUCCGAAGCAACAGAAUAUAAUGCAGAUGAAGAUUCAGCAAAAGAGGAGGCCAGGAGGAACGUCCAAGAUGGUAGUCAAGCUUACUCCAAUGCAGACGUGGUAGUCAAGCUUGGGGGUUGGGAUCCCAACUAUGCCAAAUCUGUGGCUCAGGCUUCCUUGAGUGCCCUCAAACAAUUGAUUCUGUCUGACAAAAAGCUUCCAGGUAAGAAAAGUUUAUACAUACGACUGGGAUGUCGAGGUGAUUGGCCAUACAUCAAGCCUCCUGGAGGCGAGCCAUCUACCGGAGGUGAUAACUCUCAGCCCAUUCUGUAGAAUGUGACUCAUCUUUGUGUUUUGUCUCUGAAGCCAAUAAGCAAUGGAGGACCCUGUGACUCUGUAGUUGAGCUUGCUACUUUUGUAAGUGCAGAUUUUCUUCAGCAAUGUACCUGACACUUGUAUUCUCCAAUUAUUUUACCUUCCUUGUCUGGGCUUGAAAAUGUAGGAUGUCCUUGGAAAAAAAAUUUGUUUUUUUCUCAAGUAGAAUGUCCUGAAAAUACACUGGACGUUCUACCUUUUAUAAAUUUGUAUAUGUCCUGAUUAGGCCAACAUAAGGAGAUGUUGCUUUGAACUGAUGCCUUGGACUGAUAAAAUUCAAAGUAAAUGUGCCCAAAAUAUGGUCAAUCCAAGAAAAGGAAUGAAGAGUCGUAAUCUGAAA